AUGAAGGUCUUUACGCAUGUGAGCGAGGAGACCGAGAUGACGACGAAGCGACGUAAGCGGCAUACGCCGGAGCAGAUUGUUCGUAAGUUGCGAGACGCGGACGCGAUGCUCAAUGCUGGGAAGGACCAGGCUGCUGUAUUGCAGGCCCUGGAAGUGAGCGAAGCCACGUAUCUGUGUUGGCGAAACCAGUACGGUGGGAUGAAGGCCGAGGAGGCGAAGCGGCUGAAGCAACUGGAAGACGAGAACAGGCGGCUGAAGGAGUUAGUGGCCGAGAAAGAACUCGACAUCAAGAUGCUGAAGCAUAUCGCGGAGGGAAACUGGGCGUGUCAGGUGACUGAUCAGCCACGCAGCUCUCAGCGUUACCAGCCGCAGUCUCGUGAUGACGAAGCGGCUUUGGUGAAGCGGAUGCGUGAACUGGCCGCCGCUCGACCGCGUUUCGGUUAUCGUCGGAUUGCCGUGCUAUUGCGUCGCGAAGACUGGGAGGCCAGCAACACGCGGGUGCUGCGGCUAUGGCGUCGCGAAGGGCUGAAAGUGCCACAGAAACGCCGUAAGAAACGCUACUUGGGCGACAGCAGCCAAGCCUGUCACAUUCAGCGAGCCGAACAUAAAGACCACGUGUGGUGUUGGGACUUUGUGUUCGAUCGCACGGAGGCCGGCAGCCCGUUGAAGUGGCUAUCGAUCGUCGACGAGUACACGCGGGAGUGUUUGGCUUUGAAAGUCGACCGCAGCAUCACCAGCGAAGAUGUGAUCGACUCGUUGGCCGAGCUGUUCGCGAUGCGGGGCGUGCCCGGUGCGAUUCGCUCGGACAACGGCCCGGAGUUUGUAGCUGGUGCAAUCCGGCGAUGGCUAAAGCAAGUCGAUGUCGAAACGCACUACGUCGCGCCGGGCAGUCCAUGGGAGAAUGGUUACGCGGAGAGCUUUCACAGUCGGCUUCGCGAUGAGUUCUUGGAGAUGGAAAUGUUCGAGAGUUUGGCCGCGGCACGGAAGCUGACCACGGCCUGGAGAAAGGAUUACAACGACGUGAGGCCGCACAGUUCGCUGGGGUAUGCCACCCCGUCCGAAUUCGCGACCCGCUGUCGCGACGAACUUUACGAGCGCCUUAAAUCUGAGCUCGAACGCCAUGAGCGAGCUGAGGAGCGGUUUUUCUACGUACCGCUGAUGGAGCAAGACUUAACGCAGGAGAAGGCUCGGCACAGCGUAGCUGAGCACCAUGAAAUUGAUGAACUUCUGGAAGAGUUGGAAGAAACCGAUCGCAGUUCAUCAGGUUGGCUCGCUACCGCCAAGAAACUAGGCGAGCGAUUAAUUCAUCAUCUCGACGAAGAGGAACAUGAAGUCUUUCAACUUGCUGGAAAGGCGAUGUCUGAGGCUGAGACAGAAUCGCUAGCUACAGAAUACCGGAAAGCCAUGGAAUACUCGGAGGAGUAG